CCAAUGCAAUGUAAACGUGGAGAGAGGUGUUUAAUGAGUCCUCAAAAAUUGGGUGUGGGAAAUGCAGGCUGCUUCGGUGUUGUGAUGGCGUGCAAUGAAUAUGAAAAGCUUUAGCCAACUGUCCCCUCUCUCUUGCAUCAGCUUUGUAACACAAGAAGUUAACUAAGAUUCUUUGCUUUUGAAUACUGGCCGUCGGAUGCAUCUGAAUGUGUUCACUAGUUGUUCCCAUAGGACGGGAGAAACUAUGCAGUCUGGGAAUUUAAUCUAUGUUUUCACAAAUUAGACCGCCGCUCAGCACGUUCCAAAUCUGUCUUUUUAUUGAACGUAAAACACAGCUGGAACGUAGAUGUGUUUCAUGAAUCCAAGUUGAAUUUUGUGUGAAUAAUUCACACUGCUCUGAGAUCUAUUACUGGGAAAGCAUUUCUAUGUACAUGAGUUAGAUUUUAGGUAGAAUUGGUUACCAACGUCAAGAAUGGCUUUGAUAUCUCAGUCUGCCUUUCGAGCGAACUUGUGUCAAUGUGGACAGAAAGAGAUUCGUAUAGGGUCGAAGCAGAGUUCUUGGGCACACACACUUGCAUUUAAUAACCCUUCAAGUUUAACAUGUUCUCGUCUUAAACCCAAACACAUCCAACCUUAUAAGAUUAAGAAGAUUCGUUCACCAAUACGUAUGACGUUGGUUGAUGACAAACCUCGAUUGAGCCAGAAAACAUCUCCUCCUGCAGGAGUCUUGGCUUAUGAUCUUGUACAAGGAGCACUGGUUAGGUGGAGUAUGGUUGAUAGAUCAGUGCCUGAACCGCCAACAGCAGUUCUUCUUCAUGGAAUUCUUGGUGGAAGGAAGAAUUGGGGAUCCUUUGCUAGGAGACUUGCUAGGGAAUUUCCGACAUGGCAGUUUCUUCUUGUAGAUUUACGAUGCCAUGGUGACUCAGCAUCCAUUCCAAAGCCUGCCCCUCACACUGUUGCAUCCGCUGCACAAGAUGUUUUGCAGCUGGUUGGACAACUUAGACUUACUCCCCGUGUGCUGGUCGGUCACAGCUUUGGAGGAAAAGGAUGGAAUUGUGCAGUUGCCUUGAGCAUGGCAGACCAGGCUGCAAAGCCUCUUGCCCGACCGGUUAGGGUAUGGGUUUUGGAUGCAACUCCUGGAAAAGUUCAUGCUGGUGGAGAUGGUGAGGACCAUCCAGCCGAGUUAAUUUCUUUACUAUGUCAAAUGCCUAAGCAGGUUGCAUCGAAGCAUUAUGUUAUCGACACCCUUGUUCAGAAUGGCUUUUCUAGGGAGAUUGCUCAGUGGAUCACCACAAGCCUCCGACCAGUGAACUCUUUUGGCACAGCAAUAACAGGAUUUCAAUGGGUUUUUGAAUUGCAAGGGAUUGCGGAAAUGUAUAGAUCUUAUGAAAACACAAAAUUGUGGCAAGUAGUGGAGAAUGUUCCAGAGGGUGUACAUGUAGAUUUCUUAAGAGCAGAGAGAAGUCUCCACAGAUGGGCCCACGAAGACAUUCAGAGAAUACAUGCAGCAGAAGAAUUGGCUGCAAGUGAAGGGGCUGGGGUUCAAAUGCACGUGCUUGAGGAUUCAGGCCAUUGGGUUCAUGCUGACAAUCCUGAUGGGCUUUUCAGAGUUUUGGCUUCGUCAUUUGGGUAUUUUAAUCAGUAGUUUCAUUUGCAGUCACUUUCAACUAGAUUAUAUCUCAGUGGGGAAACAAAAUAUAUUUUCCUCAAUUGGUUAUAAGCUGACAGAGUCAUAACACUCCUUUUGAUAUUCAUCAUGUUGAUGAGUAUUAAUUAUGUCCAACUCGAUGCUGUAGCACUAGAAGGGGUUUCCUUAGAAGCUGGCCUCAGAUUGGCUGGCGAUUAUUCAAAAACAACUUAAUUCGAUCGACAACCUUUUAUUGGCUCAUUCUUUUCAGAUUCUUUCUGAUUCAUUUUCAAUAAAAAUGCAGGCAGUAUGUAUUUUUUUCCUACUA